CAAAGUGUUGAACUUGGAGGAAUCUACAAUGGAAGUAAUCAAAGUCCUCAUGAAAAUACAACUUUCUUCUGCAAAGAGAAGAAUGAAAAAACAUGCCCAGGGGGAGAUGGUAAUUACUGGAGUUGGCAGGAUACUGAUAUUAAACUUGGAAACUUUGUGUCUCCAUCCUGCACUACUUUCAAGACAAAAUAUCACAGUUUUUCAAAUUAUGAGAAGAAACCAGAAGGAGAAUCAGUUCUGGUGGCUGGGGGAGAAAAUGGGAGUAGUGUUCGACUUUUUUAUGUACAAUAUUGUAUGGAAACAGGUAAUGAUUGUAGCUGGAUAGAUGUAGAGAAUAUACCUUAUUCUAUGAGAGAACCUAGAAUGACAACAAUCCACAACGAACCAUAUCUUUUUGGAGGAUAUUAUGAAGGUCGGAGCAGAGACGCAGUUUAUAGUUUGAAGAAUAUGGAGUGGGUGCGAAGGGAUGAUAUGAAGAUUCCAAGAGAAAAGCAUGCCGUCAUAGCUGUUCCAAAUUAUUUCUUUGACACAUGCCUAGCAGAUGGUUCUUCAAGUACUUCUUCCUCAACAUAUAGGACAACAUCAACAGCAACAUCAGAAACGUUGGCAACAAUAUCAUCCUCGAAAACCACGUCACACCCCACAACAACAACGACAACAUCCAAAACAACUUCAGAGACAAUAUCAGUGACAACAACAGAGACAACAUCAGAAACAACAUCAGAGACAACAUCAGACACAACAUCAGACACAACAUCACAGACAACAUCACAGAUGACAUCAGAUACAACACCAGGGACAAUAUCACAGACACCAUUAGAGACAACAUCAGAAACAACAUCACAGACAACAUCACAGACAAUAUCACAGACAAUAUCAGAGACAACAUCAGAGAUAACAUCCGAGGCAACAUCAGAAGCAGCAUCAGGGGCAACAUCAAAGACAACACCAGAGGCAACAUCAGGGACUACAUCAACAGUAAAGUUAACAACAACAUUACUGACCACGUCAACAACAACAACAGUGUCCACAUGCAAUUUAAAAUGUGAAACGAGCACUGAAUUUGAACCGAUUGUUUCUGAAACUUCAACAUCAACAAAUAAAGAACCAACGGCAGGGAUUAUAAUCUCCACACUACCAACUGGUUCAGAUGAAUUUGAGACAACAAAUACAGUUGUUGUUGAUACAACGUUGUCCUCAACAUUAUCUACAUUAGUAACAUCAACAGAAAUAUCAUCAACUGGAAGUACAACAGUGUCCAUGUACUGUACAGCAACAGAUUCUAGAGGAGUUGAAUGGUGUACAGAGUAUGGUAGAUGUACAACUAAACACUGUCAGGAAGGUUCUGGUGAUGCAAGGUGGUGUUGUGAUGGGAGUACAGGACAGUACUAUACUCCUCAACCUGACCGUACAAAAUGUACAAGCCCAUGGGUAGAUUCAGCUCUAGAUAUGAUAAGAGAAGGAUUAGAUACUGUUAAUAUCACACAGUACAUUCGUGGACACAUAUCUGAUCAGAGUACAGGAGGAGAUAUCAUCGCUAGUUCAAAUAUAUUGAGUACCUUGACAAGCCUGCACGGAGAUGAGAACCUGUCUCUAGACUAUAGAAUACAGUUCCUGGAGAAUAUUAUGGAUAUUGUCAGCUCUAUUCUCUCAGUUCAGCUUCCAUGGUUGGAGAUAACCAGUAGUAGUCUUAGAUAUUCUACUUCUAGUAAUCUAGUGAUGGCAGUUCAGUCCAGUAGCUACCAGUUCCUAAACCUUAGAUCUUUAGACCAAGAGUCUUGUGUACAUGAAACUAAAGAAAUUGAGUAUAAACUGCCAGGACUCCAGGUUAACCUCAAAACUGUUAAAAAGGAAAACUUAUCUUCCUGCUAUAGGUUGUCUAGAGGUCAGCUAUGUAUACCAACCUCUGUAAACACAACAAGUUCAUGUCUUCAUGUGGUUUCCUUUAACCUCGUCAACAACAUCAACAACAACAACACCAAAAAGUUCCCCAGCUUUACUUCCAACUCUGCUGUGGUCAACAAGAGUCAACAACUUGUUAACAGCAUACUUGGAUUAUCAAUUAAUAAUGAUACUGAGAAGAUUGUGAUUGCAAGAGACCUAGAUCCUGUCCAGAUAUACUUCGACUAUGCAGAUAUAGUUUUACAGACUAAUAUGGAUAUAAUCUGCACCUUUUGGGAUUUCAGAACGAACUCUUGGAAUGCAGAGGGAUGUUUUUAUAAUCCGAAGCUUUCAAACUGGAAUAGUUUAGUUUGUGAUUGUUACCAUCUUACAAACUUCGGGAUAAUCCUCGACUUUACAGGUCAUGCCAACCCUGUAGAUCCAUUUCUAGACGUAUUCUCCACUGUAACAUUAUCACUUUCUAUUGGAGGAAUACUGUUCUCUGAAAUCAUAUUUUCAGUCCAAAAAACUGAUCACAAAAGUACGCAUAAACGGCACGCAGAAAGACAAAGAAACGUAUGGCUGGCUUUAGGUCAGCUUGCAUUCCUCUCCUUGGUUCCCUUGAAUAUGGUUCCUCCAGUUGUUUGUGAAAUAUUUGGUUCUAUUUCUCAUCUUAUAUGGAUGGUUUACUUCAUGUGGUCAGGUAUUGAAGGAUAUUUCCUGUAUCAUGCUUUAACAAAUGUUUUCAAGAAAACUAGUAUGCCAUCAGCCGUCAUUUAUUUCAGCUUUUUUGUUCCAAUUCUACUCUGUGGAUCUGUACUAGUAUACUCCCUACUGACAGGAGAGGGUAUAUAUCUUAUAACAUGGGAAGGAGAGAUUUCUGCAUGUUGGCUAAACUCUGAUGGAAUGUGGAUAUUCUUAACUCCUGUAGCAGUUAUAAUAUCCUUUAAUAUUGCAGUCUUAGUGAAGGCUGUUACUGUCUCAUACAAGUCAUCUGCAUUCAGGAACGUUCCUAAAGUUGACCGACUACUGAGCUUAAUACGGAAUGCGCUCGUGUUGACCUGCCUGCUUAGCAUUAGCUUUGUAUUCUGCCUUAUACCAGCAUCACAGAAUAACAACACACAGCAGUACAUUUUUGUUCUUUUGAACUCU